UUCCGCAGGGGGCGGGCGGGGGGUUGCAAAUGCCGGAAGGAAGGAGACGCCCCCUCCCAGGGUUUGCCUGGUGGUUUCUCUUUCCUCUUGCAGCUGAGCUCAGCUCCGCCUCUGAGCGGGAAGAGAAACGCCUGGAGAGGCGGCCAAACCAGAACUGACUCUCUUGCUCCGUCUUUCCUUCCCAGAGGCAGCAGCCAUGGCGGAGGGUGCCCAGAAGGAGCUCCGCGAGGAAGCCUCUUGCUCCGUCUGCCUGGACUUCUUCAGGGAUCCCGUCAUGAUCCCCGAGUGCAGCCACACUUUCUGCCGGGCCUGCCUGACCCGCAGCUGGGGGGACUUGCAGGGGGCAGAGGUUUUGUGCCCUCUUUGCAGAGGACCCGCGCAGGAGGGGACCCUCCGGCCCAACCAGCAGCUGGCCAACUUGGUGGAAAUAGCCAAAAAAUUCACUCUGCAGGAGGCGGGUGUGGAGGGGGGAGUCUGCGAGAAGCACCAGGAGCCCCUGAAGUUUCUCUGCCAGGAGAACAAGGCCCCCCUCUGCCUGGUCUGCGGCAGAUCCCAGGAGCACAGAGAUCACCAGGAGAUCCCUCUGGAGGAGGCGUCCCAAGAAAAGAAGGCAGUCUUGGCUGGUAGAAAAGGGAGAGUUUGCCAGAAGCACCAGGAGCCGCUGAAGCUCUUCUGCAAGGAAGACGAAGCCCUCAUCUGUCUGGUCUGUGUCCAAUCCAAGGAGCACAGAAAUCACGAGACCCUUCCUCUUGAUGAGGCCUCCCAAGAGUACAAGGAUAAGUUCUGCAGUAGUCUGGAGGGUCUGAAGGAGGAGAGAGAAAGAAUCGUGGGAUGUAAAGCAGACAUAGAGAAGGAAAGCCAAGACCGGCUCAAACAAGUGACAGGAGAGAAGCAGGAGACGGUCACUAAGUUCAAAGAACUGCACACUUUUCUGGAGGAACAAGAGAACCGUUUGGUGGCCCAGAUGGAAGAGGUGGAGAAGGAGGUGGCAAGGAAAAGGGACCAGCAGCUGACUGAACUCUCUGAGGCCCUCUCCUCUCUGGACAGCCUCAUACAGGAGAUGGAGGAGAAGUGUCAGCAGCCAGACAGUGAACUCCUGCAGGAUGCCGGAAGCAUCUUGCAGAGCAUCUGUAAAAAAGGCAUUAAGAACUCUAACCGAUCAGAUUAUGGAGGGGUAAAAGACAAUGGGAACAGCGGGGGUUUACAGGCAAAGGUUGCACCACCGUGGUCAGUGAAGGCAUGUACUUGCAGGAGCCAGAGAGUCUGCAAGUCAGCAGUUUUUGCCUGGGUACACAUUAGCCUGGAGGAGAAGUGGCCAGAGGGAAAAAUCUGCCAGCUAAAAAUCUUUCUCUUGUUUCCUCAUUUCCCCCCAACAGCAAAUGUGACUCUGGAUGCAGACACAGCCCAUCCCAAACUCAUCCUGUCUGAGGAUCGGAAAAGCCUGAGGGCUGGAGAAAAAGCUCAAACUCUGCCCAACAAUCCUGAGAGAUUUGGCCGUUAUUGUGCUGUGUUGGGCUGCGAGGGGUUCACAGGAGGCCGCCAUUUCUGGGAUGUCCUUGUGGGAAGUGAGGGAGGAUGGGCUGUGGGGGUGGCCAGAAAGUCUGUGAGGAGGAAGGGAGAGUUUACCUUUAGUCCUGAUGAAGGGAUCUGGGUUGUGGGGAAGUGGAAAGGGCACUGUAGGGCUUCCAUAGAAGAUGAUUAUGCUCCCCUAACCCUGCCUGGGGAGCCCAAGAGGAUCCGAGUCUGUCUGAACUAUGAUGGGGGUCGGGUGGCCUUUUUCGACGCUGACCGAGGAGCCCUCAUCUACGAGUACUCUGGCGCCUCCUUCUCUGGAGAGACCCUCCUGCCCUACUUUGAGGUUGAUCAAAAAGGCCACCUCAAACUCUCUUCUUAAGACCUUCUCUUUACACCGAGAGCAUCAAUAAGAAAAUAUUGUUUCUCAGAAGCACACACACACACCCCCUCCCCCUUAGUCCUGUAAAGGCCUUUCCAGGCACCCAGCCACCAAAACUGACUGGAGUAAAAUGGAGAUAUCCUGCCCCGUCCCCGUCCCCCAUUCCCUUUUUCUUUGUACCUUAAUCUGAAAAUAAAAGUAACAUAUUUCACUUUAUAAAGAAUAACAGGCUGGUUGUCAAGCAGAGCUCUGAAUAGACUCCCCCUCAGCCUCCUCCAGCCCCCAUUCCUCUCGGGCACGAGAGGAACAACUGAAAAGAUCCCUCAGAGGAAAAUGAGGCCCUGCAAGUUUAAGUUGAUAUUCUGGAUUUUCUGUUGUUUUUAAUUUAUGGGGCACCACCUGUCAGGAUUUGCUCUGUUCAGCAUGGCCUUUCUGAAGGGCUCUGAAGAUCCUUUCCCUGUUAAGGUUGCUACAGUCAACACAGUUGUGUUUCAGACACCAGUUGCUGAAAAGAUGUUAUGGUUAUAAUAAAGUUGCGUUACCUUGAAAA